AGCUGACAUUAAUGAAUGAUUGGGGAUGGAAAUGUGAUUAUUAUUAAAGUACCUAUCACCCUAUAUGUUAAUUUCAUUGUUGUAACUUGUAAAGGUAUAAGAUCAUUCAGCUGGAUUCAGGCCCUGAUACAAGCGUAAUGUUUGAGGUGCAGUCCUUUUGGUAAGUGGGGUUACCAACUUCCUGUACUUGUUGGUGUGUUUUUUUUGUUCCCACCUCCCCCCUCAGUCUGAAACAAUGUGUGUUGGGUUCAUUGAAGACUAGUAUGUAAAAUUGUGCAUUGUCUGAUUGUGUCAGUCCUGUGAGUGACUGGUUAUCAGUGCAGUGUGUACCCCACCUCUCUCCCUGAGACUGCUGACCGAGAAGAUGACUGUUUCUAAGAUGCAUUAGACUGGUCAAAUGUCAACUUUGCAUCAUUUUAGAUCGGAUGCUGACGUGUGUCUGCAUCCACUCAUGGCUGCUUGAGAAAAUUCAACUUUGUGAUCAUACAGUGUAUUCUAAACUUUUGUAUUUGGUGGCCUCACAGCAAGCGUGCCCCCAGUUUGAUUCUAGCAUGGGCUGCUUUUAACACUGGACUGGGUCCUUUCUGCUGUGUGGAGUAUGCAUCUUUUCCCAUGCCAGCAUGGACUUAUUUUUUGGGGGGCGCCAUUAAAAAGCAUGUUAAUUUCCAAUCACUUCACUUGAUAAGCUACUGACAAAAGGUCUAGCUUGGUGCCCAGACACAACAUGGUUGCUGCUCCUGAGGGAUGAGUGAGAUGAACACAAUUGGAACUCAUCUCACAUUGGACAUUGGUUGAGUACUUUUACCAUUUUUGAUGAAUCAUGUUACAUUUCUAUUGUUGUCCUUUAAAGUGAAGCAAUUUGCAAUGUAUUUUUCUCUUAACUCCCCCUAAAAUUCGCAAAAUUUAAUCAUUUCAGCCUGAGUACUAAUUUGAGUAUUCAUUUUGCAAUCUGAAUAUCUAUAUUUACAUCAUUUAGAAUGGUGUUUUAAAGACGGUGUGUGUUACUAACAUUAAUACUGUGUUACUAAAAUAUUUUCAGAUUUUAUUUUGCCUAAUCAUGUUAAAUAAAAUGCUAAUUUCCUUUAUCAACUGCGUUCUAAAUAACCCAAUUACAAGUAGGGCUUUGCGUAACAAUAAAUCUGUCGAUUUAGCACAUUUUCAAAUUAAUACACAAAGGAAAUUAAGAGGAAAUUCCCCGGAACGUGUUUUGGUUGUAACCCUUUAACACCUAAACCUCAAAAUGUCUGCCUGGACUUUUUUUUUUUUUUGCUUAUUUUGACUAUGAAAGGGUCAGAAAAUGUCCUGUGAUGACUUGGAAUUUUCAAAUAUCUAGCAGGUUAGGUUGGGUUAUCGACGACGCGUCGGGUAUAAAAAUGAGAGAUUAAAUUCAGCACGAGUUUUUGAUGUUCCCGUCAAUCAACCAGUCAUUCUGUGAAAAUGAACUGUGCUCUUGAAGGAAAUUGCAUAAAAGUGUUUGGAAAGGCCAUUCAUGCACUUUCCCGGAUUGGAGAUGAGCUGUGGUUGGAUCCCAUGGUCAAAGGGCUGGCUCUGAGGUCAGUGAAUUCAUCUCAGUCUGCAUAUGCCUGCUUCUUCUUCUCACCGACGUUCUUCCACAGCUACAGCCUGAGAUCAGAGCAGGCCAGUGAACCCAUUAAAUGCAAGUUGUACAUGAAGUCUUUGCUACCACUUUUCCGAUGUUUGACUUCGAUGGAGCGUAAUGUGGAGCGAUGUCAGAUAUCAGUCAACAUUCCCAAUGACAGAGUAAUUAUACAGUUUUCCUGUCGGCACGGCAUUAAAAAAACUCACAACCUGUGUUACCAGGAGAGUGCAGCUCUGCAGGCUGUGUUUGAUUCGCAUCUCUGUCCCAAUGUGCUGAAGAGUCCAGCCAGGCUUCUUGCAAAUAUGGUCAUGCAUUUCCAAAGAUCUCAGGAGGAAGUCACUCUGUCAAUAACUCCUCUCCGAGUCAGCCUGAAGAAUUACCACGAAGGAAGAAAUGAUCCCAUGAAGAUGUUGUACACUGAGAUGUCCUUACACCCCGACGAGUUUGACUAUUUCCUGUCUGGAAGGGACUCGGCCGUAACCUUCUGUCUGAAGGAGCUGAGGGGUUUGCUGUCCUUUGCUGAGUUGCACUGCCUACCAGUUUCAGUCCAAUUUGGUGCUGCGGGAAAGCCUGUGUGCUUUUCUGUGGAGGACACAGUCCUGGAGGCCACAGUGGUGCUGGCUACUCUGAUUGACUCAGACAGUGGAGGCCACUCCCAACCAACAGAGAACCCAGACCCAUCUUCACCGAGAUGUACAGAUGCAGUAACCAGAGCUAAAUCUCCCAAUCACUGUGCUGGGUCGGAAGUGGUUGCAUCCAGUCAGGGCAGCCCCAUCAACACCAUCAGCCCGUCAGCCCUUCUGUUGCAGCUUCAGAAGCGCAGCCUUCUAACACUUGACGCCCCCGGUGUGACUGCGAGUCCUGCCUCCUCCAGGAUCUGCCACCUGCUGUUCCGGGCUUUGUCGUCAGAGCAGGAUGAUGGGAGUCCUGUUGCCACUGUUCUGGCUUGUGACACUGACAUGGAGGAGGGUGAAGAGUCUGGAAGAAGACCCCCAACUCUGUAGCUCCCAAAACUGAAAAGUGCCCCCUAAAUGCAUUUACCUUGAACGCAUUUCUUGUUAUUCAAGCAUGUUGUUCACAGCCCUAAUAUUGAUUUAUGUCACUUCAAACCACCUUGUUCACUCAGAUACUUGAAAGGAUGUUUUUAUUACAUUUGCUUGGGCUAUUUAUUGCCUAUGUAACUCAAAUCAUUUAACAGUAAAAGGAAAUGUUGGA